AUGGUGAAGAUUAUUGAAGACAUGAAUGAAUUGGAAGCAUUUUUGAAAGGAGCUGGACACAAACUUGUGGUAGUAGAAUUUUCAGCAAUAUGGUGUGGUGCCUGCAAAAUGAUUCAACCUGUUUUCCAUAAAUUGUCUCUGCAAUACAAAAAUGUACUGUUUGCUACGGUGGAUGUGGAUAAUUCUCCGGAGUUGGUUGAAUAUUGUCACAUCAAAGCAAUACCCACAUUUCAGAUGUUCAAAAAUACCCAGAAGGUAACUCUAUUCUCAAGACUCAAAAGAACAAUAUGCUGUUAUAGAAGUGGAUUCGUUGUCAAGGAGGUAUUUGAAUUUUGUGGAACUGAUGCUAAAAAAUUGGAAGCGAAGAUCCAAGAACUAAUGUAA